AACCACUCAUCUUUCACAGAACCAAGACAGAUCAUCCAUGCUCCAAUCAUCCGCACGGCGCGCCGCGGCCUUCUCCUCCACUAUUCGAUGCCGCUGUGCAUAGGCCAUUGUUGACCUCAAUCCAGCAGUGGCCACUAUCAAUUCCCAUGCCGUUCCAUCAGCCACAAUGUACUCGUCGCUCGCCACCAUGACCGAUGCGGAUGGGCUCGAUGAUAGUCAUUAUCUCUUCGGCGAUGCACAAAAUGGCAUUCUGCCGAUGCCGCUGGCCCACGACAGUAUGAGGGACGAGAGCUCUACGGUCAUGCCUGCGGCCCUUGAGAACAUCCACUAUACCGAAUCAACGGCAUCGUCCGUGCACCACGGAGAUAUUCAUGAUGCCUCUGAAUCAAGUGGAGGCCAUAUCAAUGGCAGAGAUGAACGCGACAGUUCUGCGUCGAGUGGGUAUGUCAACGGUCACGGGUAUGAUGGCACUCACGUCUCCACAUUACAUCUCCACCAUCCUCAUCCGCUUCGAACAUCGGAGACGAACGAUAUCGCAAUCGAUUUCCAUCAUGAAAAGAUCACGAGGAUGAAUGGUGAUGAUUUACAUCCACACGUCAAGGGUCCUAUAACGGACGCGGCUUUGAAUCAAACUAAGAAUAUCCCACAUACUCCAGUAUCCAUGGCGGCAACCCCUCGACCCCUAAAUGGAACACCAAAAGCCUCAUCGACACCUGAACUUCCGCAGUCCCAGGAACAUGAUGGUACACGUCAACCACGAAAUUCAAGCCCACCGAAGGGUAAGCAUACUGAGUUCAAAGCGAAUAGCUCUAUUCCGGCUACACUCUCAUGGGGCGAGUUUGGAAGGCAGUGCAUACUGGCAGCCGAAAGUUCACGGCUCAAUCCUUUCGCCCUUCACCCUGGCGAAUAUCAGCUGCUACGGAACCACAUCACUCACGCGCAAGUUACCAUCUACCUCAAUAUCCGCAAUGCUAUACUUCGCCUCUGGACUAAGAAUCCAAUGGUGUAUGUCAGCUUGGAGGAAGCGGCAGGGUGUGCACGAGACAGACGCUACUUCAAUCUAGCAAAGGUCGGAUACACCUGGCUUAUGCGGAAUGGUUACAUCAAUUUUGGGUGCAUCGAAGUGCCGAACACAGCCAUGGCCAUACCGUAUACCAAAGUCAAACGAGGCGCAAGGCGAACAAUCAUUGUUGUAGGCGCGGGCAUGUCUGGCCUUGGGUGUGCCCGGCAUCUGGAGGCCUUGUUCGCCCAGCUUGGCGAUCUAUGGGUCAAUGAAGGCGAACGGCCUCCGAGAGUAAUUCUUCUCGAAGGCCGACCACGUAUCGGCGGGCGAGUAUACUCGCAUCCUUUUCUCAACCAGACUGGAUCGACUCUACCGCCAGGACAUCGGUGUACUGCUGAGAUGGGUGCACAGAUCGUCACGGGUUUCGAGCACGGUAAUCCGCUCAACGCUAUAAUACGUGGCCAACUAGGAAUACCAUACCAUGGAUUGCGCGACAAUACAAUAUUGUACGACUAUGACGGUACAGUCGUGGAGAGGAGCCAGGACAUUUUAGUGGAGAAACUAUAUAAUGACGUCCUAGAACGCGCGAGUACCUUUCGAAACAAACCUGCAACCUUUCGCACAGUAGAAGGCGACCGAAAUCUUAUACUAUUUGGACGCGAACCGACCGAUAACAGCGAAGCAACAAUUGCCGAGCUCGAACAAUCCGAAGCGCCGCCACCUGCAAAUGCAACGACUACGGCGUCGACAACGGAGGAGAAACCAUCCACUGGAGUUGAAAAGCUGGCAGGCCGAGCAUAUCAGCUCAGCGCAGGAUUUAACCCGAACAUAACUGCCACCCAAGCGGUCAAGAAUAUGGGCUGGUCAGUUAAAGCCAACGCACCUGAUCUCCAGUCCUUGGAACUAGAUUCAACCGCGAAAGCAUCUGCCCAUCCAACACUCGGGCAAACGAUGGACGAGGGCAUCAGACAAUAUCAGAAGGUACUAGAUCUACGACCAAGAGACUUGCGACUUCUCAAUUGGCAUCACGCAAAUCUCGAAUACGCCAAUGCUGCCAGUGUCAACCACUUGAGUCUGAGUGGAUGGGAUCAAGACAUUGGCAAUGAGUUUGAGGGCCAACACACCGAGGUCAUUGGAGGUUAUCAGCAGGUGCCGCGUGGACUCUGGCAAUGUCCGAACAAACUGGACGUUCGCUUUAAAACAGUGCUGAAAUCCGUCCACUACGACCUUGAUGAGAAGGCAAUUGGCAAAGCUGUGAAGAUCGAAUGCACUAAUGGUGAAGUGUUCGAGGCAGACCAACUUGUAAUCACAACGCCGCUUGGAGUCCUGAAAUCUGGCUCUAUCACUUUUCAACCUCCGCUACCAGACUGGAAGCAGGGUGUAAUAGAGCGUAUGGGUUUCGGACUUCUUAACAAGGUAAUCUUAGUUUAUGAACAAGCCUUCUGGGAACCCGAUCGCGAUAUGUUUGGCCUACUGAACGAGGCAGAACAUCAGGCGAGUCUCAACCCUGAAGACUAUGCUCGACGAAGAGGCCGUUACUACCUUUUCUGGAACUGUAUCAAGACAAGCGGCAAGCCCACACUGGUGGCUCUGAUGGCCGGAGAAGCAGCCCACUAUGCAGAGGCAACUUCAAAUGAUCAACUCGUCAAGGAGGUCACAGACCGUCUGGACAAGAUGUUCGCUCCCAGCCAUGUACCACUUCCAACGGAGACGAUCGUCACACGCUGGCGAAGGGAUCCUUUCGCUCGCGGGAGCUACUCGUAUGUGGGGCCACAGACGCAAGCAGGCGACUAUGAUGUUAUGGCCAGACCUUACGGCCCGAUACAUUUCGCUGGCGAAGCGACCUGUGGAACCCAUCCUGCCACAGUGCACGGCGCGUACUUGUCUGGUUUACGCGCUGCCGCUGAAGUGGUAGAGUCCAUGAUCGGGCCUAUCAAGGUCCCUAGCCCGCUCGUAGAGAAGAAGGUGAAAACCGAGUGCCCUAUGAGCUCUACCGCACUUUCGACAGAGCCAAAACGGAAAGUCGAACAAGGACUGGUCGAUGCACAGCCUAGGGAGCCCAACGCAAAACCAAAUGAGGAUUACGAGGCUUCAAUCAUAGGAGAGAUCCUCGAGAAGCUAGGCGAGCGUCCUCUCAAGCCUGGACGCGCCGGCGUCAAUCCUUUCCUGCUAUACACGAAGGACUACUGGUAUGUCUGCAAGAAUGAAUGCGACGAGAAGAAAAGAGUAGCUACCGGCGAUCCCAAUGCGAAGGCUUCAAAGACGGAGAUCCGCACUGCGCUUGGCCUGAGGUGGCGAACGGACAGUGAGGAGAUCAGGAAACCCUAUCUGGAUCAGACACAGAGUGCAAAAGACGAUGCUGCAGCAAAUGCAGCAACAUUCAAGGAUCGGGUAGCCAGGUGGGACAAGGAAGCAGCACGUAUCCGGCGGGAAUACAUCCAGAACCAUCCGCCGCCAGGAGGGAGCGAAGAUGGCAUCCUCAACGGCCGCACAGCGAUCGAGCUCGGAGCUAGUAAGCGGCUUCGGCGACUGUAAAAGGGCGAAUUUUCUUCUUCUACUGUAUUUGUUCGGGUGUUCACAUUGCAUUCAUGCGGGCGUCAAAACAUACCCAGGGCAUCGAGUGUUGAUGGUGUUAUUAAUGUACUCUACCAAGCAUGGUCUUUGAUGGCGCAGGGUUGUUCGGACAAGGCAGGUUGAGUCGAGGGGCGUGACUCGGGGAUGCAUGCAUGUCACGACGGGGUGACAUGCAUCGCGGUUCGCAUGCGAGGGGCGCAUCUGCGGCGCGCGCUUAAGACGACGGCGCCAGAAGCCACCGGGCACGGCGUGUUGUCGUCCUUCCAGCAGUUGAUAGGAUCCGAGAACAGAAGAAUUGCAACGGCGCCGGUGGUGC